AUGUCCACACGAAACCGACCUCUGCGCGACUUCAACGAGCUGCAGGACUUCCUGCUCCCGGCUCUGGCCGGUUCAUAUUGCGAGAUCUGCGGCGUCCGAGUCACGACCGACGCCAGCGACUGGGAUCUUCGCUGCCCUGCCCAUUCGUUUGUGGGGCUGACGGAGGAGAUGUUCGUUGGUGCCUGCGCCUAUAGGAUGCAGAAUAUUUUCCGCGAGCAUCUGAUCGCUCUGGGGCGGGAGAGCGAUUACUCCCUUAUGCGCUACUCUGCCGUGGGCGAGAGGUUGGCGGACUGCCGGAUCUUCAAGAACAUGUGCAUAUAUAGCUUAUGGCAUCUUGCAAGCUGUGCUCGGCGGUUCCUUCUGCUAGGCAAUCCUCUGAGCCCCGUCGAGGAGGUUUUCGAGGUCGAGAUCGCGACGCACGCCUACCUCUCGUAUAAACACCACCUCUUCGUGGUGGCCAUGCGAAGUGGAGUAGCGUAUGCCCUGGACAUUACGGGUGUCCAGUUCGGGCCCGGCUGGCCUCUGCUGAAGGAGUGGAGCGCGUACCGGGCGGAGAGAGUGCUCAGGGUCCUUGGCUGCUGGCCUUUGGGCACCCAGCGUAGGCUGGGGGAGUUCGGGAGGAAGAGGUGGUGGAUGAGGUAG